AUGUCCCCUGCUGUUGGUUUUGCGUAUAACCUGCCAAAAUUUCAUUUUCAUGCUUCGCAGCAUGUUCCAAGAAUUAAUGGAGAAAUUCCAUCAAUUGAUGAAGCAACCUCAGAUCAUGAAAGGCUUCUGAACAGGUACUGUUUCCGUGCUUUAUCAGAUCAAAUAUAUAAUACACCUGAUCGCCACAAAAUUAUAAGACGACGGGUUGUGUAUCAGCUUAAAUCUCACCCGGAGAUAUACGAGGGAUAUGUUCCCAUGGAGUAUGGUGACUAUUUGAGGAAGAUGUCAAAGAGUGGCGAGUGGGGUGAUCAUGUGACAUUGCAGGCAGCUGCGGAUUCGUAUGGUGUGAAAAUACUCGUCAUGACUUCUUUCAAGGACACAUGUUACAUAGAGAUUCUUCCUGUCAGCGAAAAGUCAAAAGGAGUCUCGUCUCGCCCAUAUCUAUGUACAAAAUCUCAAAUCUGCAAUCUUUUAGAGCAAUUUAGGAGGAAGGUCAGGUCCAAAGGAAACCCAAAUUUAGGUGAACUAGAAGCUAUACAAAGAGUCUUACUCAGUCUCCAAUCCUGA